GCUGAAAAGGGGUGCAGGUGGUUACCUACAACAGAAAAAAACCUUGUAUCUUGCAUUUCCCUUUGGCAUUGCAGUUGCAUAGGUGUGAACUCUUAAAAUUAAGCCAGCCAUCUGCCAGACACACUCUCAGAACUUGACUAGGCUGGGGUUUUGUUUAUGUUACGCAAACGGACUUGCACUUUUGUGCGGAAACAAAUUCAUUAUUAAGCACUUCCUCCUUGGGGAAAAACACAUCUUAGUGAUAGAGUGGCAGCGCCCCUCAGUUCCUCGGAUCAGCUGACUGAAGCCAGCUCUGCCGGAGCCGGGAGCGAAAUCUCGAAGCUACAGAGCAAUUACCAGGCUUUGCUGGUGGCACAAAAUCAAAAUAUGCGGCGUCUGCUGCAGGAGGUGGCUCAGCCGAGGGUGCAGCUCAUCAGCGCGAGGAAGGCAGCGUCCGAGGUGGCUUCGCAAGUCUCCGUGGAGAUGUCUGACUGGGCCCUGCAGAGCGCUGGUGCUGCCAUCGACACGCGGAGAACUUCCCAGACCUACGGCUGCCAAGGGAAUUGGAUCUGCGGCGUUAUACAGUUAUUUCAUGCUGCCAACCCUCCUGAGGCUGUUCUGCAGCCCGAUGUUUCCCCAGGGAACUGCUGGCCGUUCCAAGGGCGUCAGGGCCAGGUGGUCAUCCGGUUGCCAGCACGAGUCCACCUGAGCGCCGUCACCGUGCAGCAUAUCUCCAAGGAAGCCUCUCCCUCUGGGUCCGUCAUUAGCGCCCCCAGAGACGUCGCCGUCUUUGGACUGGAUGCGGAUGGAGAAGAGGAAACUCUGCUUGGGAUGUUCAUGUACAACGUGGCGAAAGAGCCCAUCCAGACGUUCCCGCUGAAGGCACUGCCCAGAGCCUUUUCAUACGUCAAAUUUCUUGUCAAGAGCAACUGGGGAAACCCGAAGUAUACCUGCAUUUAUCGAGUGCGGGUUCACGGGAAGAUGGCAAAACCAGAAAGCCUCAGCUGAAACCAGAGCAGAAACAAAGGCAAAAAAUAAAAAAUGCUGUGUCGGUUCAGAUCGGUGUAGAAGAUGUGCAAACCUGAUUCCUCAGCCCAUGAACGUUCCUGUUCUUGAUCUGGCUCAUCUGUGUCAGAGGUUCGUUUGUGUCGGGUUAAUUAGUGUCGACGUGGAAUUUUGAAGUGUUUUGCCCCUUGUUAUUCUGCCCUCCCCUCGGCACUGGCAUUCCAGGGCUGGGGGGGAGAGUUGGAACUCUGUGUUCCUGGCAGCUGUAACAGCGUGUAGGAUGGGCAGGGGGUCGGGGCAGCUCGCUGACGGCCAAGAGCGUUUCCUGGGGGUUGCUGGAGGAUUCCGAGGGGGUCCUGAGAGACGGGGCUGGUGAGUGGGCGUCCCAGGAUGCUGUUGGGGUUCUCCUGCCAUUUCAUGCCAUUUGUGCCAUGCUCAGGUGCCACACUAUCCAGUGCAUCCUCAGUAACUACCCCUCCUCUUUCUGUACUUCCAUGUAUGAACUGCUAUAAUCCCCUUCAUCUAUUGGCCAGGGUUUGCCCUUUGUAAAUUAUUUGUUAAAUGAAUUAAGAAAUUAAUAUAUUACUAAAGGAAUUUAACUCAAGCUAGCAAUCACAUCCACGGUAGCCGCUCUCUCACUCCCCACCUCCAAAUAGGGGAGAGAAUCAAAAGGGAAGGGACGAUCUUGUGGAUUGAGAUAAAUACAGUUAAAGAAAUAACCUCAAGACCACUGGAAAGUUACUUGAAGAAAAACAUUAAUUCUGUCAUGGGAUCCUAUCUUAUUGUUCCCAAAGAGAACCCAAACAAUGGCUGUGCUGGCUAUGACAACCAAACCAAAACCAAACUAAACCAAAAGAGUUUCUAAGUGUCUGAAGAAAAGUAACUCGAUUGCAGUUAAACCAGCACAAUGGGCUAAAGACAGAGAGGGGGGAAUUACAGAAUGGGGGCAGGGAGCCGGCCAGAGAGCGAUGGGGAGAGACCAAAAAUUGCACUUAUGGGCAACUGCCGCCGUUUCUUGAGCUCUCCCAGGAGCUGCGUCACUGGGAGCCUCGAGUGAAGUGCUGCCUGCCAUGGGCCCGAUCCUGCACCCUGGCAGAAUAACGGAAUCAGAGAAUGUCCUGGCUGCCAGAGACAAAGGUGGCUCAUGUUCAACUUGCUGUCAACCAGAACCCCCAGAUCCCCUCAGGAACCCGCGCUGGCUGGGACCAAUGGCUGCGGUGCUGUUCAGAUAUUUUUCAUCUGAAUGAGUUACUCAG